CUUGCUCUCUCUCUCUCUCUCUCUCUCUCUAUACUGUGAUGACUCCUGCAACUUUUCUCCUCAUCUGAUCUGAUACUUUCGCAGGUUGCGACUUGGCUAAUUCAAUCAAGAAGAUCAGGAAAUUGCGUGCAUAAUCCGGAGAUGAGAAUUCAAACCUCGUGUAGCUUCAAUCUUUUCUUGGUUUGAUUAAUCGAUCAGAGGAUCUUACUGCUUGACAGGAGUUUUGGACACUUUUUUGCUUUUUCACAAGCGAGCUAGAGCUAUGCUGGAUUUUCGACUUUAUAUUGAGAGAUGCAACUCUUACUUCUCCUAUUGGAGAUCAAAUAAAUAAAUAGUCCUCCUCCUUCAAAUUAAGCCUUGGUCAAAAAGGAGUACUUGGCACGGAAUUCCAAUCUCUUCCUUCCCGAUCUCCACCACAGUUAGGCUUGAGCAGCAGCCCCUUACCUCAAUACCAUCGGAAAUAAGCUAUUACCAACUCCCCAGCCAUGGACCCACUAAACCACAAUGACUCAAACAAGGCCAUGCCGCCCCGGCCAAGUCCGUCCGUCAAGUUUGUCCGGCGGACGUCUAGUGGCCGGUUUGUGAGCCUCGAUAACAUCGAAUUCUCCGGCGAGUUCCCGACACCCAUAAACUAUACGGUGGUAAUGCCCCCCACCCCAGACAACCAGCCAGCCAAGGCAGAGGAUGGUCAGGGCCCUUAUGGUUCGAAAUCGUCCUACCAACAUGAUCAGACCACUGCAGGGGCUAGGGGGGGUGGUGGUAGCGGUGGGCUCAAGCCAAGUCAGUCCAUGAUCGUGAGCCAGACAGGGGACUUUGACCACAACAGGUGGUUGUUUGAGACCAGUGGCACCUACGGGUAUGGGAAUGCCUUCUGGUCUUCGAGUGAUCAUGGUGGUGGGUAUGACGUGGUCGAUGAUGACACCAUGAGCGUGAGCAUGGAAGCUUUCCUUGACAAGCCAUGGAAGCCACUGACGAGGAAGCUUUCCAUCCCAACUGCCAUUAUCAGCCCAUACAGGCUUCUUAUUGCGACCCGGCUGGUGGUGCUAGCCUUCUUCUUGAUGUGGCGUGUGAAGCACCCGAACCCUGACGCCGUGUGGCUUUGGGGAAUGUCCGUCGUCUGCGAGCUCUGGUUCGCCUUCUCAUGGCUGCUCGACCAGCUCCCUAAGCUUAACCCCGUCAACCGCUCCGUCGACCUCGUUGCCCUCCACGAAAAAUUCGAGUCCCCUUCCCCUUCCAACCCUUCCGGCCGCUCUGACCUCCCCGGCGUUGACGUCUUCGUCUCCACCGCGGACCCCGAAAAGGAGCCUCCUCUCGUCACCGCCAACACCAUCCUCUCCAUUCUCUCCGCCGAGUACCCGGUCGAGAAGCUCGCCUGCUAUGUUUCUGAUGACGGUGGCAGCCUCCUAACUUUCGAGGCCAUGGCGGAGGCCGCCGCCUUCGCCGACCUCUGGGUUCCCUUUUGCCGCAAGCAUAACGUUUGCCCCCGAAACCCCGAGAGCUACUUCACGGCCCGCGGCGACCCCACCCGUUUCAAGAAGGACCCAGACUUCGUCCGCGACCGCCGGCGAGUCAAGCGAGAGUAUGACGAGUUGAAGGUCCGCAUCAACGGUCUCCCCGACGCCAUCCGCCGCCGAUCCAACGCAUACAACGCCAGGGAAGAGGAAAAGGCCGCUAGGGAGACAGAAACCGCCGACCCGGAGGUCGCAUCGGAGGCAGCAGCCAUCCUUCAACAGGCGACGUGGAUGGCGGACGGUACGCACUGGCCGGGGACGUGGUUGGUGCCGUCGCCGGACCACAGCAAAGGUGACCACGCCGGUAUCCUUCAGGUGAUGACCAAGGUACCUGACCCCGACCCUGUCUUAGGCGGCCCUGAUGAAAAUAGGAUCGACCUCUCCGGCGUCGACGUGCGGGUGCCUAUGCUGGUGUACGUUUCCAGAGAGAAGCGCCCUGGGUACGACCACAACAAGAAGGCAGGCGCCAUGAACGCCCUCGUUCGUGCUUCCGCCAUCCUCUCUAAUGGACCCUUCAUCCUCAACCUCGACUGCGAUCACUACAUAUACAACUCUCAGGCCAUCAAAGAGGGUCUGUGCUUCAUGAUGGACCGUGGUGGCGAUCGCAUCUGCUACAUUCAGUUUCCUCAGCGGUUUGAAGGGGUAGAUCCUUCGGACCGAUACGCCAACCACAACACCGUGUUCUUCGAUGGCAACAUGCGCGCGCUCGACGGUCUCCAAGGACCGGUCUACGUCGGUACCGGCUGCCUCUUCCGACGUGUUGCUCUCUAUGGCUUCGACCCACCUCGGACGUAUGAGUAUACCGGCGUGUUCGGUCAGAGCAAGCACCACCUACGGUCGCCGUCGCUAUCGUCGACCAUCUCGGACGAAUCCGCCUUUACCGAACCUCCCCCGCCUCUAGAUGAAACUCCUUCCGACAUGCCAAAGAAAUUUGGGAACUCCACGCUUUUUGCUCACUCGGUCCCGGUUGCCGAGUUCCAAGGCCGGCCGUUGGCGGACCAUCCGUCCGUCAAGAACGGUCGGCCUCCUGGUGCGUUACUGUACCGUCGAGAACCGCUCACUGCACCCACCGUGGCCGAAGCGGUGUCAGUCAUCUCUUGCUGGUACGAGGAGAAGACGGAGUGGGGAGACCGAGUGGGUUGGAUCUAUGGGUCCGUCACGGAGGACGUGGUCACGGGGUACCGCAUGCACAACCGGGGCUGGCGGUCUGUGUACUGCAUCACGUACCCCGAUGCUUUCCGAGGUACCGUGCCUAUAAACCUCACCGACCGGCUGCACCAGGUUCUCCGGUGGGCUACCGGCUCCAUGGAGAUCUUCUUCUCUCGCAACAACGCUCUUUUCGCCAGCAGGAGGAUGAAGUUCUUGCAGAGGGUAGCAUAUCUCAAUGUCUGCGUCUACCCAUUCACCUCCAUCUUCCUCAUCGUCUACUGCUUUCUACCGGCCAUCUCCCUGUUCACCAGCACCUUCAUCGUGCAGACCCUCAGCGUAACCUUCCUCACUUACCUGCUCACCAUCACGGUCACCCUCUGCUUGUUGGCCAUCCUGGAGAUCCGGUGGUCCGGCAUCGAUCUCGAGGACUGGUGGCGGAACGAGCAAUUUUGGCUUAUAGGUGGUACCAGUGCGCACCUGGUCGCGGUGCUGCAGGGUCUGCUCAAGGUGUUCGGCGGCGUGGAGAUCGCGUUCAAGCUCACAUCAAAGUCGGCAUCCGAGGACGAGGCCGACGCUUUUGCGGACCUGUAUGAGGUGAAGUGGACCAGCCUGAUGAUACCGCCGAUCGCCAUUAUCGUGGUGAAUGCGGUAGCGGUAGCGGUAGGGUUCGCCAGGACAGUGUACAGCCCGAUACCGCAGUGGGGCAAGCUCUUUGGUGGGGUGUUCUUUAGUUUCUGGGUGUUGGCUCACAUGUACCCAUUCGCAAAGGGGCUCAUGGGAAGGAGGGGGAAGCUGCCCACACUGGUCUAUGUGUGGGCAGGCUUGUUUGCCAUCAUAGUAUCGUUGCUGUGGAUCACCGUCAGCCCUCCAGGCAGUAGCAGCAGUGGGAUUUCUGGGGGCACUCUACAAUUGUAAUUGACAUUCUCUUUUGUCUUCGUUACUUUCGAUUAAUCGGUUCAUUUUGUAAGUUUAAACAGUUCCAAAUUAAGGGCUGAGCAAUUUUUGUCUUUCUUUUCUGUUUGGGUUUGUCAUUAUAGCUUGUGUAUUGGAAAGCUAAGCCCAAGUGCAUGUAGAUGACCUGCACCUUUACAUUCAUCUGCGUGGCUCUACUGGGUGCACAAGGACAAAAUUAAUUUGGAGGGGGAAAUGAGGUCUUUUUUUCUUCUCUCUUUCUCCAUCA